CCCCUCCCGUCCAUCACUGCAAGAAGCGCUGUACGCGCCCUGGGCAUAACCACGCAACGUAGAGGCGAUGUCGGCCUGGGUAGGUACAUGUACGCAAGGCUCUGUAAAUAAAGUCCUCAGAUGUUUCCUCUCCUCAUAUGGAGAUUGGGAGAACUUCCCUGUCCCACCCCACGAAUCACGCACUCACCGGGUGAGCUAAUCAUCUACGGUCCAAACUCCAAUUCAUCAUGUCGCCGUCUCCAAUGCCCUUUGGGUGCGACGUACCCAAUGUACUCUCUCUAGCGCGCUCUGUUGUCGCCGACUUCUCUCGCGCUCCCGAUGUCUUCAACCCCGGCGAAAGGGCCGCCAAUGCUCUCAUUUCCGAGCUCGACGUUUUCCAACGCUUUUGCUCCUCCCAAACCAGUCAAGCAAAGGUCGCCGAUGAGUCAUCGCUAGCAGCACACCUCAUGCCAUGCCGCUCCGCGCUCAAGAGUAUGGUCGACAUACGCCAGAAAUACCCGGGCCAAACGAUGGGAUUUGGCGAUAGCCUCAAGUGGAAACUGGACGAGAAACGGUUCGAAAGGGAAGCGGCAGCGCUGCGUGAUGCUACGACGCAACUGCGCGAGACAGUCCAGCUGUUGCAGACCGCGAUUGUCAAUCCGCACUCGCAGUCACGAGGGGCCCAAUCGACCCAGCGCUGGCAGCCGGCUCCGACCUUCGGAUCCCAUGUUUCAGUUCAAAUUGCCCAGGGUUUGGCUGUCUCACAGGUCUCACUCACGCGGAGUUCAAGCGCAAGCGUAACUUCAGGGAGCCAGGAGGCUGGGGUUGAGAGCACGAAGCCGAUGUGUCCUCGCGGGUCUGGAUGUCGAGAGCCAUCCUGUCACCGAAAAAACAAUCAUCCCUGGGCACCCAACUGCGAAGUUGGAAAAAACUGCUGCGUGCCAGGGUGUACCAAAUGGCACCCCAAGUCGCCUCAUUGUCACAAUGGCCUAAACUGCCCCAGGAUCAACUCGGGGUGUUCAAAGGCCCAUCCAUGGCCUCGACCUCCACCUCAGCCCAAUAACAGCUACUGGAGCACGCUGACAGCUCAAACACAACCCGUCCAAAGCGAGCAGAGCGAAGAUUGGGGGCGAGGAUCCGCGGCCUCAAGCACGACCUCAUCCUAUCUCGCGCCGACACUGGUCACUGGUGAGUAUCUCAUUGUGAUGAAUAAGUACUUGUGUACGAUUUACGUCUGACUUGAAGAAGUUGUAUCAAGCUUGAGCCAAGCGAGCACGUCCACACCAGAAUGGUGUCCGAAUCGAUGGAGCUGCCCUGACUACAACCUGGAUUGCCCGUACAAGCAUCCAAAACGGGCCCCCUGCCGGGAUGGCAGUGACUGUAGGAAAGGGUCAGCGUGUACGUAUGACCACUGUAUGCAGGUACACGCUCAAGCCUCUACUCCCCCUGGGCAUAUUGCGGAGCUACCUGGGUCGAGGCGCUACAAGUAGCUGUUGACCUCCGAAUUAUACCGUUCAUCGAUGGCAUGUUGUACAAUAAUUCUGGUGAAAAGGGUCAGUCCUGGGUUGUUUUGAGAGCGGCAUGAUC